AUGACAAUCGUUGGGGAUGGUUUGAGUCAGCUGAGCGAUUUCGCGGAGGAAAUGAGGAGGAAGACCGAACAGAAACUCGUGAGCACAUUUGUACACAACAAAUCAAAAUUAACGUUUAGGAAAUCAUCUCCAAAGACUUGUUGAAAGCCAUCGUUGCGAAAAGUCCUCAACCCGCUGAGCUGCUGGACAUUCCGACUGGCGAACCCGCAAAUGCGGUGAGCUAGUGCACAAUUCAUUUGGAGCUCUUCACACUGGAAUUUUAGCUGGAAGUGUACCAUCGAAAUUACAAUGACGUCGAGAAAAUCAUUGGGUGUAUGCUGAGAAAUCUUGCAGUCGCGAAGACCGUUCUGGCGAACCAGAGUCUCGACUUUAACGAUUUGACAGCUUGCGUAUUUACCCAAGAAACGGUGGACCACUACAAGAAGAAAAUCGAAGAGGCCUACGACUGUGCUGUUGAAAUGUUCAAAAAGACUGUGUAAGACUUUGAGAGACCCACUUGCAAUAAUAGACUUGGAUUGAAAUAAAUUAGACCCAAGUUUUAGACCGAUCGUAUAAGUUUAAGUUUCGGCUUUAGUAAAUGCUCCGAUCUGUCUGAAACUAGGACCCAAAACACUUCAGUCCAAGUCUAAGAAGUCUAAGAAGUUUGGGUCCGAUCGGAUUAUUGAAACUGGGUCAAAAUGUGAAAAGAACAACAACAAGUUCCAGAGAUUCGAUGCGUGAAGAGUUUGAAAGUCUGUUCAUACUCGCCCAGAAAAACUUUGACUGUGGCGUCAUCAACGGAAUGCCUAACAUUUUUAUCAAUUUUCUCUACAUCGUCAUCGGACCGGUCACUAAAAUUUGCAAUAUUCUAUCAAGUUUGGAGGAUAAGGUAUUAUAGUCUCACUUAUUAUUCGUUGCUCCCAACCUUAGACAAAAACUUUGAUUUUCAGCUGAGAAUGCUUGCCGCCAAAUGUUAUUCCACUUCGUCCAACAAAGAAGCUGAGAAGAGCCGGAUAGCCGCGGAAAUUGGCAAAUUGCUACGGGAAUGGCAAGAGGAAGAGAGUCUGAUUGGCGAAAAACAAUUCGAUCUUAUCAAUGCACUCGACCGUUCGGAUAUUGAAGAAGAACUCAGAGACUCCACAACGGACCACAUCGGGCGAUUGAAUGAUUUGAACAGAGCACACAAUGUUUCUUCGGUUCGCUUGGAUAUUUACUCUAAUUUGACGGUUAGCUCUCAUAAUUUACGAUAGAAUUGAGUUUUAUCGCUUUCAGAACGAUAACUUUGAAUGGGCUGACGUGGCUAAAAACAUUGGCAAGUGCAAAACUAGCAUCGAACAACUGACUGCCGAGAUGAACGAUUUUCACAAGGCAAUCUCAAGAGAAAUCCCAAGAGGAGAGCUUAUUAUUUUCCUGUAG